UUUGGACUACUUUGCAUCCUUUCUGUGUAGUGAAUGGGAGUGAAAGGACGUUUUUGCUGUUGUCAUGUCUGUCCUUUUGCCGGGUUCCCGGUAUUCCGUCCGGUUAUACAGUUUUCAGUCACAGUCGUCCGCUCGUGACAAUCGCCCGCCCGUAUUUUCUGGGUGUAAGUGGCUCUCCCUCCAAGCGGUGUGCGCGAAUUGGCGUACAUGUUUGGCCAUUUUUUUGUUUACACACAUACGUCAUUUACCGAAAUCCCAGUUGGCGUGGCAGAGAGAUCACGAAAAUGGCGCCCACAAUUGUUGACGCGCCACUGAUUCAGCUGUUAGCAGACGGCUACGGCCAGUACCGACAGUUCCUCCUUUCGCAACCCCAUGUCGGACCUUUCUUGGAGGCGUCAGAUCGAGCCCUCUUGUCUAUACUGGACUUCUACAACCCUACCCUUCCACAGUACCAAAGAGUUUCCGCGCGGUGGCCGUUUAUGCAGCCGAUGGACUUAGUGAUUUUUACACUCACGUACCUCACAUUUGUUGCCGGCGCCGCAGGCAUCAGGUUCUUGUCCUCUAGGAAGCAACAGAGUGCCAGCUCUGGCAGCUAUGAAGUUGACAAACCAGUGAAACGAGGUGAUGUGGGGCCAUCACGGCCGUCUCUGGCGGAAAAGAUGAGUUUUAUUUUGCUCCUUCAAAUCGUUUAUAACAUCUUCCAGGUCGUCACCUGCUCUUACGUCGUGUACAAGGCCAUGUCUGUGUAUGUAGCAGAGGGGUACACCAUUGUAUUCAACAAGUUUGACCCCUCUCGACGGAACAUGGCAGAGAUUGUUUGGCUUUUCUACUUAACCAAGGUGGUCGACUUGCUAGACACUGUCUUCAUCGUGUGCCGAGGGAAAUGGGCGCAGUUCUCAUUUCUGCACAUUUACCACCAUGCGUCGAUUUUGUACAUGAUGUGGGUGAACGCGAGCGUCGGCUAUGACGGGGACAUCUACUUCGCUGUCGCUGCCAACGGCGCGAUCCACGUGGUGAUGUACGCGUACUACCUGAUGGCGUCGCUGAACAUCGGUGCGGCGAGGUACAUCAAGCCUUUUAUUACGCGAAUGCAGAUGACACAGUUUUUAGGAAUGCUCGGCCAAGGAUUUUAUCACAUAUGCUUCUACCAAGACUGUCAGUAUCCCAUUCGAAUUGGAGUGGUGUACUUGGGCUAUAUUGUUUCAAUGUAUGCCUUGUUCGAUCGGUUCGCGAAGCGCACUUACGGCACUAAGAACGCGGGCAAGGGAAACGCAUGUCAGAAGCCUGUUCGGGCGGCCGGAACGUCGCCCCGGGGAGGCGCUCGGAAAGCCGAUUGAUUCAGGCCAUUUAACAAUUUUAGAGACGGGUGGAAACGUGCACGGGGCACAGGAAUGUGCUGGCUGGACACCGGAGGUCGCACCAUUUCAAGACCUCAGAACUUGUUUGCUCUCAUCCAGGCAACGUGUCUGUGUGUGUGCGUGUGGUCACGCGUCCCGUGCCAGGCGCUCUCUCGAAAUGCUUUACCACAGUGGUUUGUGUUGCUUUGUUCGUUUUUCUGGGGUCUGGAUUCAAAUAUAGAAAGGAGCCGUUACUUCUGCGGCGCGAUCCUCGUGAUGUGGUAUAGACACUUUGUUGGCGGUUCAAAAUAGCUACCUUGUUUUGUGUGAAAGCAAAAUCUUCAGUUUGGCACUUUGGGUGAGCCAACGAUCAAGAAUCUCGAGAGCAUGUGCAGUUGUUUUCUUCAUUGGCGAAGGUCUCUUGGAGAAAGGCAAGGAAUGUUUGGAUAGUUUUCCGGUUUUUCCAUUCAACAGUUGAAACGUUCUCUUGUCCGAGGUGAGAAAGAGAUAAUGUCAGGGCCGAUGUAUCUUGGUAGGCAGCCGACAACCUCCGUCCGCUCCGACUUUGGCCUUAGGAGGGCUUCAAGCGCUGCUGUCGGCUAGCACUUCAUUCCUCUUGUUUCCUGGUUAGCUACUAGAUUACUCAUUUCCACUCUGAGUCCCGCGGAGGUUGCGAAUUUUCUUCCGUAGACACGCCAGGUGCGUCCCAUCCCCUCCUGCGGGAGAGCCCGGCAUCGCCAGCCCCGCGCUCGUUGGAUGCAAAGUAGAAGCCCUGGCAACUGUUUCUUUCACCUCCCCUUUGAGGCAGACACGACAACCGUUCCUGCGUGGAGAUUUUUGACGUUUUUUGUGGUGGCCUACCGUGGCGUGUAAACACACUUCCGCAUUGAAAUGGUGGAGAAAACCAUGCCGGCGCGAUAUGUUGGAGGAGGAUGGCUGGCGCGGCCAAUGGGUGAAAAAAGCUUUUCAUUCCAUCUCUACAUGAGAAGUGAUUUUUCCACAUGACGGGCACAGACAAAAAAUCUGAAGAAUCAUCUUGCAAUUUAGACCUUGAUGAUGGGGAGAGCGGCUCUGUCGCUUCAGGGCAGGCCAGGGGACUGUUUCGCUCGUGAGUUUUUUCUGGAGGGUUUUCUCGAAGACAACGAGAAACGCUUCAGUCCCUUGCGCCUUGCAGCCAUUGUCAUUCAUGGUGUGUAGAAGCAACGUCCUCGUUAUCUGCGUGGUUAUGACGGGCUUGUCGUAAAUUUGCGGUGUAUCAAAGGGAAUCCUUCGUGUCUACCACGUUACAAUUGUUUAGACAGAGCAACCUGGUUGGUGUGCGGAAGAACACUUGUAGUCAGAUGGCUCCACAACAGCGAUUGUAACCUAACUACAUUCCUGCAUCUACAAAAGACUCGACGAUUCUGUCAACUGCCAAAGGCACUGCAAGGAAUACCCUUUUCUCAUCCUAAAAGGUUGGAUUACGUGCGCAGCUGCUUCCGUGUCUACAGCUGUCUAACGCAUUUACUCCCCAGACCCUACUUCUGCUUUUCUAAGUGGAAUGUGUCGCCUAUACAGCGAAAGCGAGACACUCUCUAGAUUCAGUCACCAGUUGCUUUUCUAUCUCAAAAAAGUCCGAACACCACCCAAAGAACCGUCGCUACAGUGGUGUGUAGAUAUGAAAAGUAUAUAUAUAUAUAUAUAUAUAUGAGGUGCUGUUGUGACAUAAACAGCUGCUUCGUGUU